AACAAGCCUCUGGCUGAGUGUUCCAACAAAUACAGCAAGUGCACCAUGGGAUCAUCUACCAGGAGACGAUUUCUACCAUUCAUCGUUCUCUUUAGCGGUCUUUCUCUGGCGUCUCUGGGCUCGAAAUCAUCAUGGAAAGAAUCCUAUUUUGCGUAUCCAUACCGAUCUCUCCGAACCGUCGUUGUCGAGGAUGACUCUAUCAGAGACAUUGCCACCGACUGGAACCUUCGUCAAGCCUUUGCCAACUUGUCCUAUACAAGUGCCCAUCCGGAAUCCUGUCAGCAACGGAAAUUGGAGCGGUUUUGCCGCCGCGCAAGAUGUCAACGUGCUACCGCCCGAGAAGCUUCUCCCCAUGAUGCACAACUGCCAUUCAACGCGACAAUAACCAAACAACACGACAAUACUAAUAACUGCAAGACCCUCUGGUUUGCCGGCAUGAGCUUGGGCCCCAACAGUCAAUGCACUUCAGAGGGGGGCGGGUAUCAGAGAGAAUACGCCAUGGCAUUGGCAUCGGCGCGCCUUCAUGCCGCCGAUUCCUUGCAACCCGUCUUGAUACUGACGACUCGUGGGACUACUACUACCAACAACCCUAAUAUAUCCGCACUGGACUAUCCCAUUGCCAGGUGGGCACAAUCCCAGGGUGCCAUUGUGGUGACGGUCAACGAAUUGUCCUUUCAAUCGGUUGCCAAUCAAUUGGCCGGAGACCUUGUUGGUAAAGAACAUACCAUUGGACCCUAUCUGCGCAUGGAUAUUCCCCGUAUUAUUCGACAAUACGAUUUGUUCCGCCGUGCCAACAAUAUAUGUCCACGGCACGUCCUGUACACCGAUUCGGAUGUGCUGUUUGUCAAUCCCAUUUCCGUCGAGGACAUGCAUGCCGUAAAACGGCUCGUCGCAAACGAGGCGCAUGUCACGUACGGACUCGAAUUUGGUAUUCAGGGGGACGUUCCCAUCAAUACCGGUGUGUUUGUGGUGGAUGUGCCACGGUGGGAACAGGAAUGGAAUAGUUUGUUGGCAUUUGCUACUAGUAAUGGACCCUUUGUCGCAUUUGAUCAAGGGUGGCUCAAUGCCUACUACAAGAAUCAUCCAGAAAAGGUGGUCAUGCUGCCGCGCCGUUGGAACUGGAAGACUUAUUGGGACUUGGAAGAACAAGAAGAGUCCUCCUGGACGGAUAUCAAGAUUGUCCAUUUUCACGGCCCCAAACCGGGGUUGGGGCUAUGGGACAUGGCAACCUGUGCGUCUCCUACCAAUUGGACCUUUCGAGAAGACUUUGUCAAAGCCUACAUGCCUCAUUUGCAGGCGGGUGUAUGCUGUAAUCAAGGCAAAGUGGCUCAUUAUGCACAGCAAAUCUACAAUCUGCUCGAACCUGUUACACGCGACGUGUGUUUGUCUGUGUGAUUACAUGAACGUAUGGGCAACAUAACAUAUUUAGUUAUUUGGGCUCUUUCUACACUCUCCCAAUGAAACUGAGAGUGAUUAUGCUUGUGGGAGACGCGGUAUUGAGAUUUGACGCAGAAACACUCUCCGAGUGAUCGCCAGCUGGAAUCAGAGGAUCAGGGAGAAUCAGGAUCGAGUGGACUUCCCAUUUGUGGCCUUGUCAUCUUCGUCGGUGCAAACAUCAACGAAUUGCAGACGGGCCAGGAAGCUCCGACUCAGCCUACACUUCGACCAUUCCAAUGAAUGAAGCAACUAAGUUGAGCUCAGUCCAUCCUGUCGAGUUGGGAGAUAAAGUAAACCCGCUGCUUACUCCUUUAGAAGGUACGGUAGUGCUUGUAGCAGGCAUUCCCGGGAUUUGAUAAUCAAAAACUCGAAUGCCAUGUCGACAGUGACUUCUCAAGCACUCGCAUCGGCGUUGUUUUCGGCGUGGGAAAACAAAUCACACGCCCACGUUCGAGAACGUGGAAACCGCCUGGUCGCUGGGAAAGAUCGUGGUUGGGGGCGUGUGCUUCUAGCUAGCUAGUGUAUUGAAUCUGAGCGUCUGCUUGAAGGUACAUGCAGAGCUGGUA